AUGGCAAAGCAGGCUGAGUUGAAAUCCUGGACAGCUGAUCGCAUUGGUGAUCUGAUCGGCCAGACACAAGAUUCGGAUUGUUCGGAGAUUGCGGAGUUCAUCUUGGGCAGUGAUGAUCUCAACGAGCCGGACACUUUGAAGGCAUGGCUCAGCUCCUUCUUGGCAGAGGAGGGCGCCAAGCACAAGGUGGAUAGCUUCGUGGAGGCAUUGUUCGAACGAAAAGCGCACAUCUCCAAAGGUGUGAGCGGCCAUGAAGUCCAGGCGCAGGGCACUGCAAAAGGAAAGACGAAAGAUGGCAAAGGGGGGAAGGCUGGACGCGGUCGGGGGGAGGAGGACCGAAGCAAAGGCAAGAGUGGCAGAGGUGAACGGCAGAGAGAGCUUCCGACCAUGGACAUGCCCUUCUUGCCCCGCCGCGAGGGUGAUAAGCGCCUUAUGGUGGUGGAUGCCUCGUCCGGCCGGCACAAUGUUCUGACCAAUUGUCUCAAUUGCGGAAAGGUGGUGGUUGAGCAAGAAGGUUGGGGUCCGUGCUUGUUCUGCGGGAACCCGUUGGAGGCUGGAGAUCGGAGGACAGGCAUCAAGAGAGGGGAUGAGCGAGGUCGACUAGACGUCGAUGGGAGGCCAGAUGAUGACGAGGAGCGCUACAACGCCUCGUUCCAGCGAGCAGUAGCCACCAAGGAUCGGCUUUUGAGCUAUGAUCGGGAUGCAAAGCGAAGAACCAAGGUGUAUGAUGAUGCGACGGACUGGUAUUCCGAAGCUGCCAACCCAUGGCUUUCGGAGAAGCAGAGAGAGGAGGCAAAAGCCAAGGGACAGGAUGAGGAGAGGCGUCGGAGGGAGGAGCGGCGGAAGAUUCACGCCACCAUCGACAUCUUCGGUCGGACCGUCAUCGACACCAGCGCUGAGGUUGAGGCCGAACUGAAGAAGAAGGACCGAGAGGUGUUUCAAGAUUGGACAGAGGGCACCACGAAGAAUCAGCGCCUCUUGAAGAUGCUGGAGGAACAACGUGGCAUUGGUGGCGCAAAUGUUCAGAUGUCUGACGAGUCGCAAAAACUCUAUGAGAGGCUGCGUGCAGCUCUCCACGCCACUGGCAGGGACAAGAGCUUAGAGAGCCUCAAAGCCGCCAGGCCGGGGGACGGAGGGACGGAUGGAAGAAAGACCCGUAGCUGGAACGUAAGUGGAGGUGAUCGUGUGGAGGAUGAGUUCUCCAACAUCACUCUCCGUGAUUUCACUGGCAGCGAAAGGCCUCUGCUGCCCGCCGAGGAGAGCCCGUAUGGCGAUGCGGAAGACACUGGACAGUGCCUCUCCAUGCACCAGCCGUGGGCCUCCUUGCUGGUCUACGGCUUCAAGCGCGCUGAGGGCCGCUCGUGGAGUACGGAUCAUCGAGGACGCUUGUGGAUACAUGCGACUUCUAAAGCCGCGGAUCCAGAUGACAUUGCCGCCUUGGAAGAGAG